AUGUCGUCUCUACAAGUGAACGAUCCACGUUCGCGUGGUCGCUCAAAGUCUCCCAGCGGCCGGAUUCGUGAACGGUCUACUUCACGUGAUAAUCGUGCCCCUUCGCGAUCGCCAGCGCCGACCUCCCGAACGGUAUCGUCGACCAAGAAAUACUACGAUUCCGAUUCCGCCGAGGAGCGACGCAAACGGAGUGAAUAUUCAAGUCGUAGUAGUGGCCGUAGUGAUAAGCGAAGCUCCAAAUAUGAUGAUCUGUCAGACUCCGACGAGGAGUACAGAGCCAAGGAACGCGCGAAAGAGCGUUACUAUCAUUCCGAUUCGGAAGAUGACCACGGCAAAAGCAGCAAUAUAAAGAGAACACUUCAAAACAAGGUUUCCGAGUAUACCAGCAGCAAACCUUCAUCGCUCGAUAAGGAUGAAGUAGAAAAGGACCGCGCUUAUCGUCGCUCGGCCGCUCAUGGUCACUCACAGUAUAGUGACUCCGAAACCGAGAGCGACUCUGAUCUUAGCGCUCUAGCAUACGGAGAUACUCCUAGUCACCUGAAGCAGCAUCAACCCUCACAGGACCCACGGUCAUCGCGCGAGUCCGUUUCGUCCAAGUUGGCUUCAAAGUUAACCGGGGCUUCUUAUCGCCUAGAUGACUCUGCCCAUGAUCGUCCUGGCAGUCAUCCUAGCUAUGCUAAGCCGGAUCAAUUCACAUAUCAACAACCCCGCGCACCUGUACAUGCUCAGCCAGGGCAAUACGUGGACCCCAGAAUCCAGGCACAGAUCAAUGCUGGUCAAAUUCCGCCGGUCCUACCUCCAGACUGGGCUCCUAUCCCUCCUAGUGAAAUGCCGGGCUAUGUACCACCAGGUGCCCAUCCACCAAGCUCGCAGUCCAUCCCAGGGGCUUUUCCAGGAGGUUAUCCUGCGACUAGUGCUGCACCUCCUACUACCCAUUAUCCCCAGAGCCAAGGAUACACAGCGACGCAGUCAUACGCAGCACCGGGUCAAUUUCAAUACGCAAAUCCAGACCCGAAUAUUAGGUACGCUUCCAAGGGCAAUGAACGACAAGCAUAUACUGCAAGUACACAAAAUCAAUUUGCAACUCAGAAACCCUCUUAUACCGCAAGCACCGAACCGCAAUUUCUCGAAAUCGCACCGGGUCGGUCUCGCGCUGAAAGCGUCGGUCGCCAGAAUCGUCCACAUAGUCUAUCUGUAUCCAGUAAUCUUUCUGUGGGUGGUGGAAUGGGUCCCGUAGCUGGCGGUCGGCCACCGGCUAGUCCCCUACUUGAGGCAUACAAAGGAACAUACCAAUCAAUCUCCCCAAUGCCAUCGCCCAUGGCGCGUCCCGUUGGACUAGCCCAUGAUUCGGAUAUUUCUGAUCUGGAAGAGCUCGGAGGAGGAGGAUCUUCAGGAUCUGACCUACGCCGAAAGCACAAAUCCAGCCGAUCCAUAGACGAACGCAAAGAGAGAGAGCGGGAAAAGGAACGUGAGAUUGAAAAGGAAAAAGAACGUAGGCGUCAUUCAAGACACUCGAGUCAUGUGGGCGAAGAAAUCAUCACGAUUGCUCCAGGAUCGGGCCGGAAGAAGGUCGCGUUCUACGAUCCAGAGGAUGACGCAGUUGCAUUGAAAGACGCGCUAUCUCGUCACACAAGUCUCGACACCAGGCCACUGAUGGAGAUCCUACCAAAUCUUUCUAGUGAUCAAAUAUUGACUUUGCGCGCAGAGUAUAAGAAACAUGCCAAAGUUCACAACAAAGGAAUCAACAUUGCGAAACAUAUCAAGCUGAAGUUGGGAAAUACUGCUUUCGGAAAAGUGUGUUACGCGACUGCGCUCGGUAGAUGGGAAUCGGAAGCCUAUUGGGCGAAUUGCUAUUAUCAGGCUGGCACGUCACGACGCGAACUGCUCAUCGAAUCCCUCAUCGGUCGCAGUAAUGCCGAGAUUCGUGAGAUCAAGAGUUGUUUCCGUGAUGCGCGAUACGCCGACAGUCUCGAAAAAUGCAUGAAGGCGGAGUUGAAAGCUGAUAAGUUCCGAUAUGCGAUUUUGUUGGCACUCAGCGAACAACGACAGUCUGAUAAGGAGCAGGUUAGUUCGCGUGAAGUUCAAGAGGAUGUGGUUGCAUUGCGUCGAGCCGUGGCCUCGCGCGAAGGUGGUGAAACAGCAAUGAUUGAUAUUGUUUUGUUACGGAAUGAUGCACAUUUGAGGGAGGUUAUGAGGUUGUAUGAUCAUGCGUACAAGUCGAACUUUGCCAAGGACGUGAUUAAGAAGUCGCAGAACCUUGUUGGAGAAACACUCGUCCAUGUCCUCAACGGCGCGGUCAAUAGACCAAUGCGCGAUGCUCUGCUUUUGCACCAAGCCAUCCGCGAAUCUCACAGCAGCAAAGAGCGCUCCGAGCUCCUCAUCUCCCGUCUUGUGCGUCUGCACUGGGAACCAAAACAUCUGGAGUUGGUAAAGGAGGAAUACCGAUACCGAUACAAAGAGCGUGUCGAAGAAGGUAUUGCGCAGGAAAUUAUCACGUCAAGCGGAGGCAGCGAGUGGGGAGAAUUCUGCAUUGAGUUAGCCAGGAGUUCGUCCAAGAUGGUGGCAUAG